CCUUGAAAACCCAAGCGAUUUGACUUGUCUGGGUGGGGAAAUGAGUCAUGGGGAACACAAUUAAAGAACAUUUGCCCGAGGUUCAUUCCCUGGCAACCACCAAAACCAGAUGUAGUCAUGUUGCUGCCAAAAGGGCAAAAGGGGUGGGAAGAGAAGGGGAGGAGAAGCGAGAGCUCUCCUGGUAUCCUAGGCUUGUAAGAGCUGCUGCAGGGUAAACGAACGUAGAGCCACUUUCCACUCUCCUAGCUUCACACACAAAAAAACAAACAUUCUCUAAAACUCCGAUGCAUUUGGAUGGAGGAAAGUGCCAAGGCGUAAAGGACGGACCGGACUGGAAAACGAGGAGCAACAGAAACAAAGCUAAGAAAAGGCUACAUUGAAAGAAGGCUAAAUCAGUUCUGGGUUAGGCAAAAAGCGCCACAACCGAGACCACGUGCUUAUAUUUCAACAACCUGGGAAUCAAAACAAACCUGCGUCGCCCUGCCCAGCGCCGGUCACAUGACUUUCAUGCGAGCGGCACUUCCUGGAGAGCCGCGUAGCAACCGCUGCGACUCCUUCCUGUGUGGCAGCUUCAGAGUGGGGAUUUUGACUUUCCUCCUACCCCACUCACGCCCCACUCCACUUGUGGGAUUCGAGCGGAGCUGGAGUCUUGCAAGCCAUGGCGGCAGGCUCGGGAGCGACCACUGAUACUGGCCCUGCAGCUGGAGCUGGAGAGGAGGAAGGUGGGCACGUCAAACCUUUUACGCCAGAGAAAGCCAAAGAAAUUGUCAUGUCCUUACAGCAACCUGCAAUCUUCUGUAACAUGGUUUUUGAUUGGCCAGCACAACACUGGACUGCUAAACACCUUUCUGAGGUCCUUCAUGGAAAGCAGAUACGAUUCAGAAUGGGAAUGAAAAGCAUAGAUACAGUUCCUCAGUUUGAAACUUCAUGUAGUUACGUAGAAGCUACAAUUGAAGAAUUUCUGACCUGGAACUAUGACCACUCUACUAUUUCUGGACCAUUUAGAGAUUAUGAUCAUUCCAAAUUCUGGGCUUAUGCUGACUACAAAUAUUUUGUCAGUCUAUUUGAAGACAAGACAGAUAUUUUCCAGGAUGUGAUAUGGUCUGACUUCGGGUUUCCUGGAAGAAAUGGACAGGAAAGUACAUUGUGGAUCGGCUCUCUGGGGGCCCAUACACCCUGUCAUCUGGACUCCUAUGGUUGCAACUUAGUAUUCCAGGUACAAGGAAGGAAAAGAUGGCAUCUCUUUCCUCCUGAAGAUACUCCUUUCCUUUAUCCAACUAGAAUCCCGUAUGAAGAAUCUAGUGUGUUCAGUAAAGUCAAUGUUGUCCAUCCUGAUUUCAAACGUUUCCCUCAGUUCCAGAAAGCUCAAAGACAUGUGGUGUCGCUGAGCCCAGGACAGGUUCUGUUUGUUCCCAGACACUGGUGGCAUUACGUAGAAUCCAUUGAUCCCGUCACUGUCAGUAUAAACUCAUGGAUUGAGCUGGAAGAGGACCAUCAAGCCCGGGUAGAAGAGGCAAUCACCCGCAUGCUUGUGUGUGCCUUGAAAAGUGCAGAGGAUCCACACAAUACCAGAGCUUGGUUAAACCCAACUGAGGUUGAGGAAAUAUCCCAUGAAGUCAAUUGUCGCUACUUAAAUGGAGCUGUUUCUGCCCUUUUUGAUCAUUACAGAACAUCUAAGGUGGUAGAAAUCCAAGAACUCAAAGCAAAUGGCGAGUACAUGAGAAAAGAAGAAUUAAAUGUACAAAACCUCAUGGAGGUGGAACGCAUAGGUAGCCAGAACUUAACCUUGGGAACAGUAAAACAGGAGGCAGCAAGCCCCUUUGGCCCUGACCUGAUUCCUGUGGUACCAAGUUCUGAAAACCCACCCUCAGAAAGGGGAGACAUAUUUGAAAAUGAUGAUAAAGACUUUGUUGGCAAAGAUGGAGAACACUUUGGAAAAUUGCGUUGUAUCAAGAGGCAACGAAAGAUGAGUAAAAGUGAGAAUGCAGUUGAACAAAUUGCUUCAAAUCAUCCUACGGCCCCUUCUCAAACAUUCAUUUCUACCGAUGACGUGCUGGACUGCUUGGUGAAUCCACAAGUAACCAAGAUAGUGGCACAACUUUUGAUACAAGGAAGGAGUUUGUGAUUGUAAUAGAAAAUGACUUUUUAAAUAAUGUUUUUAAAGUAUUUUUAAGCAGUAUGGUGUUUAAAUAAAAGAUGAAAUAGCAAAAAGUCAAUUUGCACAUGCUUGUAAAUGUACUUAUUCUUACCUAGUUAAAUUUCGGUCUCUUGCCACCUUCUUGCAUGCACAUUGCUUUUUGGCCAAACUGGCUCUUUGUUACUUGUUAGACCUUCUCUAUGCCUUUUCCCUUCCUCUCCCAUCCCAUCCCUUCAGCCUACCUCAAAUGUAAGCCCAAGUGUUCUCAACAUGAAGUAAUCUCUCCAUCAGCCUCAAGCAGGGGUUGGUCUGCUACUUGUUUUUGUAAAUAAAGUUUUAUUGGA